UAGUUUUGCCGCUGGACUCCUCCCUCCCUUCCCCCACCCCGUCAGGAUGCUAUGAGCCUUGAAAGAAGACGAUGCAUACAGGAGGAGAGACUUCAGCAUGCAAACCUUCAUCUGUUCGGCUUGCACCGUCGUUUUCAUUCCAUGCUGCUGGCCUUCAGAUGGCUGGACAGAUGCCCCACUCACAUCAGUACAGUGACCGUCGCCAGCCAAGCAUCAGUGACCAACAGGUUUCUGCCUUAGCAUAUUCUGACCAGAUUCAACAACCUCUAACUAACCAGGUGAUGCCUGAUAUUGUCAUGUUACAGAGGCGGAUGCCCCAAACCUUCCGCGAUCCAGCCACCGCUCCCCUGAGAAAACUUUCUGUUGACUUGAUCAAAACAUACAAGCAUAUUAAUGAGGUUUACUAUGCAAAAAAGAAGCGAAGACACCAACAAGGCCAGGGAGACGAUUCUAGUCACAAGAAGGAGCGGAAGGUUUACAAUGAUGGUUACGAUGAUGAUAACUAUGAUUAUAUUGUAAAAAACGGAGAAAAGUGGAUGGACCGUUACGAAAUUGACUCCUUGAUAGGCAAAGGUUCCUUUGGACAGGUUGUGAAAGCAUAUGAUCGAGUGGAGCAAGAAUGGGUUGCCAUUAAAAUAAUCAAGAACAAGAAAGCAUUUUUGAAUCAAGCCCAGAUUGAAGUUCGACUUCUUGAGCUCAUGAACAAACAUGACACUGAAAUGAAAUACUAUAUAGUGCAUUUGAAACGCCACUUUAUGUUUCGAAACCAUCUUUGUUUAGUUUUUGAAAUGCUGUCCUACAACCUCUAUGACUUGCUGAGGAACACCAAUUUCCGUGGGGUCUCUUUGAACCUAACACGAAAGUUUGCACAACAGAUGUGCACUGCACUGCUUUUCCUUGCGACUCCAGAACUUAGUAUCAUUCACUGUGACCUAAAACCUGAGAACAUCCUUCUUUGUAACCCCAAACGCAGCGCAAUCAAGAUUGUUGACUUUGGCAGUUCUUGUCAGUUGGGGCAAAGGAUAUAUCAGUAUAUUCAGAGUCGCUUUUAUCGGUCUCCAGAGGUGCUACUGGGAAUGCCUUACGACCUUGCUAUUGACAUGUGGUCCCUCGGGUGUAUUUUGGUUGAAAUGCAUACUGGAGAACCUCUGUUCAGUGGUGCCAAUGAGGUAGACCAGAUGAAUAAAAUAGUGGAAGUUCUGGGCAUUCCACCUGCUCAUAUUCUUGACCAAGCACCAAAAGCAAGAAAGUUCUUUGAGAAAUUGCCAGAUGGCACUUGGAACUUGAAGAAGACCAAAGAUGGAAAACGGGAGUACAAACCACCAGGAACCCGUAAACUUCAUAAUAUUCUUGGAGUAGAAACAGGAGGACCUGGUGGGCGACGUGCUGGGGAGUCGGGUCAUACAGUAGCUGACUACUUGAAGUUCAAAGACCUCAUUUUAAGGAUGCUUGAUUAUGACCCCAAAACUCGGAUUCAACCUUACUAUGCCCUGCAGCACAGCUUCUUCAAGAAAACAGCUGAUGAAGGUACAAAUACAAGCAACAGUGUGUCCACGAGCCCUGCCAUGGAGCAGUCCCAGUCUUCAGGCACCACCUCCAGCACAUCGUCAAGCUCAGGUGGAUCAUCAGGGACAAGCAACAGUGGGAGAGCCAGGUCGGACCCAACGCACCAGCAUCGGCACAGCGGGGGCCACUUCACAGCUGCUGUCCAGGCCAUGGACUGUGAGACCCACAGUCCCCAGGUGCGUCAGCAGUUUCCGGCUCCCCUUGGCUGGUCAGGCACUGAAGCUCCUACACAAGUCACUGUUGAGACUCACCCCGUUCAAGAAACCACCUUUCAUGUCGCCCCUCAGCAGAAUGCAUUGCAUCAUCACCAUGGAAACAGCUCCCACCACCACCACCAUCACCACCACCACCACCACCACCAUGGACAGCAAGCCUUGGGUAACCGGACCAGGCCAAGGGUCUACAAUUCUCCAACAAAUAGCUCCUCUACCCAGGAUUCCAUGGAGGUUGGCCACAGUCACCACUCCAUGACGUCCCUGUCUUCCUCAACGACUUCUUCCUCCACAUCUUCCUCCUCUACUGGGAAUCAAGGCAAUCAGGCCUACCAGAACCGCCCAGUGGCUGCUAAUACCUUGGACUUUGGACAGAACGGAGCUAUGGACGUUAAUUUGACCGUCUACUCCAAUCCCCGCCAAGAGACUGGCAUAGCUGGACACCCAACAUACCAAUUUUCUGCUAAUACAGGUCCUGCACAUUACAUGACUGAAGGGCAUCUGACGAUGAGGCAGGGGGCGGAUAGAGAAGAGUCCCCCAUGACAGGAGUCUGUGUGCAACAGAGUCCUGUGGCUAGCUCGUGACUACAUUGAAACUUGAGUUUGUUUCUUGUGUGUUUUUAUAGAAGUGGUGUUUUUUUCCAAAAAACAAAGUGCAAAGCUGCUUGAAUCAGAAGGAGAUUAACACACUGAACCGCUACAAGAGGGCAAAGCUGACUUUUUUUUUUUUAAACUUGAAAAGAUUGCAAAGGGACAAUGAAGUUUUUAAGAGCCAUGUCCAAACCCAUCUUCAUGGAUAGCUCAGAGGUAUCCUCUUUUUCCUCCCCCAUUUAACUUGCCACCUCCAGUCAUAGUGGGUUUUUUUUUCUUUUUUUUGGUCUUUCUAUUCAACAAAAGUUAAUGUUCAGAUGUUGGUCUUGGUCAUUUGCCAACUAAUUUUAACAUAAAAAGGCAAUGCACAUAAUUUGCAUAAAGGGCCCCGUGAGGGUGUUUUGUUUUGUUUCCUUUUUCUGCCCCAUCCCUCUCCCCUUCUCUCCCCC